AAUUAUUUUUUAAUUUAAAAAAAAGAGGGCGGGUGCAAGGUCAAGGGUCACGACGAUACCCAGAGGGCGGGGCGGGCUCUUGCGGAACCGCGCAGGCGCAUCCAAGAUGGCGGCGCCCAUGGCGGACAUACAGCGGAGACUGGAGCUACUCCACAUGACCGUCUUCAGCCAGAGCUUCUCUCCCUGCGGCAAGUAUCUAGCAGCUGGGAACAACUACGGGGAGAUCGGCAUCUUCAGUCUGGCAGCUGCACUCAGUAUAGAAGCAACCGAAGAGAGUCAAAGGCCCAUUUUCACCUUCCAAGCUCAUGAGGGUCCUGUCUACAGUUUGGUUUCCACCAACCGGCAGCUGAUAAGUUCUGGAACUGGAGACAUCAAGGCUUGGAACUGGAAUGACCUCAUUAAGAAGGGUUGUAAAGAGGUUUGGAUCCGUCGACCAGCAUUUGGUACACGUUUGGAUAUCCCAGAAAUAAACAGCUUGGUUUUAAACCAGAAGGAUAACACUCUGCUGAUGGCCUGUGGGGACAACACUAUCCAAGCCAUGGACCUGGAGAACGGUGUGUUCGUGCAAACCUUGAGGGGCCACAAAGACUACAUACACUGCCUGGCACUGAGAGAUCUAAACAAGGAUGAGUGUAUCUCGGGGAGUGAGGAUGGCAUUGUGAGACUUUGGGAUCUGCGGACAGCGAGUCAAGUGCAGAUGAUUGAGGUUUACAAGUAUGAGGCCUGUGCGAGACCACAGUAUGGCAAGUGGAUUGGCUGCCUGAGCACCGACUCUGAUUGGAUGGUGUGUGGUGGAGGUCCAGCUCUGACCCUCUGGCACCUGCGCUCAGUGACCCCGACGACAGUUUACCCUCUACAGGGCUGCCAGCAGCAGGCGAUGUUCUACCAGGACCUGAUUCUGACUGCUGGCGAUGCUCCGAUGGUUAGCCACUGUCAGAUCAGUGGGGAUGUGAAAGCACAGAUUCCCUGCACCCCGCCCUCCGUUUACUCCCUGCUCAUCAAUGAACACUCGCCGGAGCACAAGGUCCUGACAGCAGCCGGGAGCAGCAGCAGUAUUGACGUGUUCACGAACUUUGGUUACAGAGCCUUUUCUUUGCGUUUCUCUUGAAGCCGUUUACCGGGGUGGGGGGGGGGGGGCUCUCAGGCUGCCUUU